GAAGUUUUUCAAACUAAUUUAAUUUGAUAUCUGCUGGACUAUUGUUGAUUUUUAUGUUGAUUUUUGUGAUUAUUCCACUUUACUUUCAUAGUCGAACAAUUAUUAUCAAAUUUCAUCCACUAAAACAAAAUCCAUAACAAUCUUCUUGGCGGCAGAAGUUCCGAAAGGAGAAGAAAAAAUGCCCCAUCCAUUCUUUCUUUUCUGUGGUAGUUCAUUCGUACCGUUUGUUUUAUCCAUUCAUCUCCUUCUUUUCUCCGCUUCCAUUCGCUCUUUAAUCUCACCAACUUAAACCCAUUUCAACGUUCCAUUUCAAGCACCUGAAGGAAGAAGAGCCUGAUUAUGUCGAAGAAAGCAGGCGCGCCGGCGCCGUUGCAGAAAGACGCGCCAUGGCGGGUAACAACCUCCAAACGGAUUCCCAGAAUCCACCACUCCCCUGUCCUCCGCGUCUCCCAUAACCCCUACUCCGACUAUGCCAUUUCCGUCAUGAAGGUACACAAAAAUGGAAAUAAGCUCUCUCCUUUGCCGCCGUUAACUUCAACGCAUCUUUCCUUGUUUGCGCAGCAUCCUAAUCCAAUCGGAAGCGGAUUGGCAGAUGAUGCGAUAGUGGAAGCAGCUGGCCCCGAUUGCAUUGUUCCCGGCCAGAUUACCCCUGUUCGAUUGCUUGGCGUUAAGGUCUGUGGAAUUGGUUAAUUGGGUUCUCGCAAUAUUCGAUCAUAUGAACUGUGUGUUUGAGCUGUCAAAUUCUGGGAAAUGAUUCCGGUUCAUUCGAAUUGAACAGGUAUGGCCUGUUGAAGUAGACUUGAAAUUCCUGGAACCAGUUGGGCGGGAACUCAAACUGCUUGGAAAGGUACUUCUUUACCACCGUUCUUAAAGGAUUCUGGAGAAAGUUACUUGCUUUGGCUGAAAUAUGUCCAAAUCUUCGAUCGAGUAUUUUGUUGUUGGAAUUGUGCUUGCAAGUACUUAUUGCUACUGAGUCUUAAAUCCAAUCUUCAAACUGAAAGUUAUGCCCUUUGAGAUCUAGCAAUCACCCUGACUUUAUGUAAUAGCCUUCCUGUAUACUCUUUGUAUCAACUUGGAUGGCACUUAAGGUGGCUCUACCAUAGUGGGCCAUUUUGAGGGGAGCAAAGAUAACUCCAUUAAUCCUCGUCUGUUGGCAAUAGCUCUGGAUGUUGUGGCCCCUGUGGUAGUUGCUUUUACACAUCUCGGUCACUUGUCUCCACUUCUGUCACUCAGUUCCCUUCUAUGCAUGUCGAAGGGAAUCUGUAAAGUUAAAUGUUUACUCGUGUCAUCAGAUCGAGAGAAAAACAAGAAUGCUUAGGAGGUGGUUUUAUGAUGGGCUGACUGGAUAGUUGGGUUGUGAUGACAGGAAGUCUUUUCUGUUUCCAUGAAGCCACAAAAUUUCUGAUAAACCCAUAUUUCAUAUACUUGGUACUAUGUAGUAUUUCUGAUGCCUUGUGCUUGAUAAGGAUAUCACUAGGCAUCAUAAUCCUUGAGUGCUGAAUCAUUAAAUUUGUUUCUUCCCAAAUUUGAGCAUUUCCAAUUUAGUACUUAUUUUUGCUCUACUAUCUCGUUGAUUGAUUGUGUUGCUAACUUGACCUCCAAUCACUAUUGGACUUAUAUCAUAAGCUAUGUUGCAGUCAUGUCGUUGUGUUCUGGAUCUCACGGUUCAUAUAUUGGAUUGCUCAUCAUUGCAGUUCAUGGACAAUGCUGUUGACCUGAUGAACAAAUCCUUCAUCGACCGCUAGUCUGUGGGAAAAGUAACCAUUUGCUUGCAAGCUGCAGUUUUGAUUCAUUCCAAUAGCAGAAGUGGGAUAAAGCAGAGAGAUUCUAUAGAUAAAGAUGUAAACUUGUGAUGUAUUCUCAUUCCUUCCUAGUCCUAGUUAUUAGAGCCUGAUACCAAGAGUUACAGAAUUGCUGGAUGUCUCCAAAAAUGGGCAGGAAUUAUUUCUCCCAAUAAAUACUGUCUCUGUGUCUCAUGCCAUAUAUAAGACACCGCUUUAGAGAACUUAUAUACUCAGCCAUUUCCUUAUUGUGAUGAUACAUCCUCUUUCCUUUGGAUCAAUGCACCUUUUCUCCAGCCUAAUUAUUCCUUUUGGUCUUCUUGAUCACAAGCUACAUAAACAAGGUAGCCUUUCUGUAUUCUACUGGGUUUUCUCCCAUUUUUAUUGAAGUUAAGGACGAUGGGUAUGAGAUGUGUUAAAUGUUUGGUCACCAACUUCACACUUACAGAGUGCCUUCAGUGUUUGUUUAUUCUGCAAAUCAAGAAGAAAAGCUAGAAGAAGAUCUUAAGAUAGAGAUCCAUUUUUAGCUACCUUCCAAAAUCCUCAUCUCAAUCCCGUUCCUCUUUCGCCCAUUAAACAAAAAGCUUUUCUGAGUUUUCUCCUAUCCUUUGUCUCUUUUACAGAACCAGUGACGUUAAGUUAUAAGUGGAACUGCAGCAUCUAUGUAGCACAACUAGGAGCUUUUCAAGAGCCAAAUAUAGUGAUGCAUGAAAAGCCAUUCCUUUUUAUCCUUAUUCUGCCAUUUCAUUUUUUCUCUUAUGUACUUGAUUAGUUUAUCAACAUUCGAUCUCCAGCUAGGCUAUGGUGGGUUCCCCACGAACACUAGUGUUUUCCCAUGUCACAAGUUUCUGGUUUUCGCCACCCACCACGAGUUUUCACUCACUAUAAAAGGGUGUAAAAACCUCUCUGCAAUUCGGUGUGCAGAAGAAAAAUAACAGCCAAUGGAGCAAGGUGAUAAUAGCUUGAGGAAAGGGCCAUGGCUAGAGGAAGAAGAUGAACAACUAGCCAGGCUUGUGAAUGUGUUUGGAGAAAGGAAAUGGGACUCCAUAGCUAGAAUAUCUGGUUUAAGAAGGAGUGGAAAGAGCUGCAGAAUGAGAUGGCUGAACUACCUUCGUCCCAACCUGAAACGUGGUUGUAUUAGUCCAGAAGAGGAGCAGAUCAUCAUCCAACUCCACGAUCGAUGGGGAAACAAGUGGUCGAGGAUCGCUCGAAGCUUGCCAGGAAGAACAGAUAAUGAGAUCAAGAACUACUGGAGGACCCAUUUGAGCAAGAAGAAUACACAAUUACAAGAAGAAGGAAACUUUCAGUGUAACUCCAACGCAAGCCAUAAUCCUGAGCAGGAUUUUCCUUACCAGACAGGGAAUCCAAGCAGUAGCUGCAACUUGGCAUACUGCGACAUUGUUCAGAAUGGCUCGGCAAUGACAGGAGCAGACCAAUAUGAUCUUUGGAGUUUGGUGGAGUCGCCAUACGAGACGAGAUUGUAUGAUCACUGGAUGUCUGAGAUUAGUUGCGGUGAACAAGAAGAAGCCAAAUUUGGAGGAGGUUGUAACUAUGGAUGGAACUACUCUGAAGUUGGUGAAAGUUGCAUGAUGGAUUCUCUGUGGGAUAUGAGCUGAGGUUAAUCAAGAGAGACUGAUCUUGUUGAUCUCUGAGUAGGAAGGACAAUGAGAGAACUUGGAUGCUGUCAAAUCAGACUCUUGUUUUGAAAGCCUAUGUAUAUAACUAACAUGCAACUUCUUCAUAAGAAAGUUUCUGUUCUCUUCUGUUUUCAUCCUCCUGAAAACUAAGCUCAUAAAGUACAUGUCUGUCUUUUGUUUGUGAAGGAUUUGUUUAUGCCAUAUGCCUUAGGAUCAUGUUGCCAAACGCAAUGAAGGAGGCAUUUGACAUGAGUUACAAUGCAUACAAGUAAUUUAAAUUACGUACACAACUAUGAGUAUGCACAUACAUUUUUUUAAUGAAGGAGAAUCCAAACAUAGAUGUUCAAAACCCAAUAAACUCAUCAUGGCAGGAGAUUCGGAUAUACAUUCCUAGAAUUGAUCAUAAAUAAUGUUUUUACAUAGCAGUAGUCCGUGAAAAUCAAACCGAAAACACACCAUAUCAACCUCAUGUCUUACCAUCUCUACUACUCCUAUUUGGUUUACCACUAAUAUACUUCGACACAUGUCUAAAAUACACAUUUAUUCCAUGCUAGACCAAUACAAAUCAACAUCUUCACAAGUAAGCAUACAUUCUACAAAAUUUGGUUUAACCUCUAACAUAUUGUUUUCUUCAUUUCCAAGCAUAGAUACAUUCACUAUUAAACUUGUACAUGUUAGAGAUGUAAAUACGUAUACAAUAAAUGCAUAACACACACGAGACAUCAAACACCUUCGAGCCGAAAUCAAUUGAGCCGAGCUUUCGAAACACACCGAAAGCCCCAAAGAAAAGGAUUCUCUCAUUCUAGAUGUUUUGAUAAUCUCUCGAAACUAUAACCCUACUCUCUCUCGAUUGUCCUCGUUCCUCCCAAUUCUCUUCACAUUUCUACCACAUUCAAAACGAUCGUAUAAAAGGAACACCAAGCA